AUGGUUGACAAAAGGGAGGUCCUUAUGAUAUCAACUUGUCCUCAGGACAGCAAUAGUCUUGUGCCAUCAGGAAAAUGUAACAGGAAAAAAGAAGAGAUCCUAAAACCUACAAGCGUAUUAGCAUACAAAAAGGUGAAGAUAGGAGUGGACAUCUCCGAUCAGAUGUCAUCUUAUUAUACUCCUCUACGUAAACCUGUAAAAUGGUUCAAAAAGGUAGCACUUGAACUCCUUUUAGAUACAUGUGUAGUUAAUGCAUAUGUUAUCUUCAAUGCUGAUCGGCAAAACCGGGACAAGUAUACAAUGCUUAAGUUCCGAGAAUGUAUUAUCAAGAAACUCUUGGAGAACCAACAAACUCUUCAAGCAACAACACCAUCCCCUUUUGGUACACCUAAGACCACUCAACAUGUACUAUUGACACUAGCAGCGGGAUCGUCAAGAAAAAGGUGCCCUCCAUGCUAUGAAAAAAUUGCAGCUGAUGAUGGGGUGAAGAAAGCAAGAAAUAAUGAAAAAAGGGUAAAGACGUACUGUAAAGGCCGCACUAACACUCCUGCUAUGUGUUUGGCCUGCUUUAAUAAGAAACAUUAA